CGGCACUGCUGAACGCGGAGCGGGACGCGUGCCAAUUACGCAUGGAGAUACGCUGAGGAGAUCAGCUGAACGACGCACCUCUGAAAGCGCUUUCAUUCUGGAAACCUGGAAAUCCUCGGCUCCUGAUGACGGUCACCUACACCGCCAGAGUUGCAAAUGCCAAAUUCUGUGGCUUUUCCAAGCUGCUCUUGGCCUGGAAAGGCAGCAUCUACAAGGUUCUUUACAAAGAGUUUCUGGCUUUCUUCGCCAUGUACACAGCCACCAGCGUCACUUACAGAUUUUUUCUGGAUGACGAUCAGAAGAGGUAUUUUGAAAAGCUGGCAAUUUACUGCAACCACUAUGCCAGUCUCAUCCCAAUGUCCUUUGUACUGGGUUUCUAUGUGACCCUGGUGGUGAACCGCUGGUGGAAUCAGUACACCAGCAUCCCGUUGCCCGACAGGCUCAUGUGCGUCCUGUCCGGGGGCCUGCAGGGGAACGACGAGCGAGGCCGCUUGCUGAGACGCACCAUGAUGCGCUACGCCAGCCUCUCAGCCCUGCUCAUCCUCCGCUCUGUCAGCACGGCCGUCUUCAAACGGUUCCCCACCAUGGACCACGUGGUGGAGGCUGGAUUCAUGACAAGAGAGGAGAGAAAGAAGUUUGAGGGUCUCCACUCUCCUUACAACAAAUACUGGAUCCCGUGCGUUUGGUUCACCAACCUGGCAGCUGUGGCUCGCUGUGAAGGCAGAAUCAAAGAUGAUCACACACUCAAACUUCUCCUGCAGGAACUGAACGGUUUCAGAGGGAAGUGCAGCAUGCUGUUUCAUUAUGACAUGAUCAGCGUGCCUCUAGUGUACACUCAGGUGGUGACUCUGGCAGUGUACAGUUUUUUCCUCGUGUGUCUGAUUGGCCGUCAGUUUCUGGACCCCGGUCAGGGUUACCCUGGUCAUGACCUGGACCUCUAUGUGCCCAUCUUCACAUUGCUGCAGUUCUUCUUUUACGCAGGGUGGCUCAAGGUUGCAGAGCAGCUGAUUAACCCCUUUGGAGAAGAUGAUGAUGAUUUUGAGACCAACUGGCUAAUUGACAGAAACUUUCAGGUAUCCAUGAUGGCCGUGGAUGAGAUGUACGGCGAUCUCCCGAUGAUGGAGCGAGACCGUUACUGGAACGACUCCAAUCCCCGACCGCCCUACACGGCAGCUACACUCUUCGUCCUCCGUAAACCGUCCUUUCAAGGGUCCACCUUCGACAUGGCGAUCCCGAAGGAGGAGAUGCACUUCCAACCUCUGGAGGACAUUGCUGAGAAUCUGGAGGAAUCCGGCACUCGCCACCCCAACAUGGCUCUGUUUAACCGCCUCCUUCACGCGGCUCCAUCCCCAACUGGCUUCAUGGGAGGAGCUCUACGCCGCACCUCGGCUCAGCUCCAGAGGCUGUACCACUCUCCCAGCAACGACAGAUGCUCCAGCGAAGACGAGGAGGACGAGGAGGAGAAAAGUUGUAAAAUUGGCAAAGGUGGGUCGCUGCCAUCAGGGCUGGGCCAGGACAUCCAGAGCACCGUGUGCAGCUUCAGGGAGGACAAGAGUCCCAGGACGCCGCUGGUGGAUGUUCAGUUUGGGGAGGAGCUGGGAAGACGAGGAGGAAACUUCUCAGCCGGCGGGAGCAGGGAUGUAAAAAGAGUUGAAGGAGUUCAGAGGGAUGAAGAUGGAUUUGAAGCAGAGUCAGAGGAGACUUCCGUAGCUCCUGUGUCAUUGCUUCCUCCUCCUCCUCCAUUCUCCAAAGAGACAUCUACUCGCCCUGCCUCUGCCACUCCUAUCACGUCCCGCCACCGUUCUGCCUUCCUGUUUCCCCCGACCGCCCAGUCCAGUCUGGAGCACUGCAGCUCCCAGCCAGUGAUCAGCCAUCCCAGGGCAAUGCCUCCCAUUCCCAAACCACCGUCCACUGGGAACAAAAUGUCCCUCCUCACUGUGCCGUCUUACAUCGAGCCUCAGCGUUUUCGUAGUGUGAGCAUGGGGUCAGAGUUCACAGGGUCCUGAAGUCAGCAACAAGGUGUAAACGUCUGGUUUUGUGAACGCUGAGAGGUUUAAUUCUAUAAGUAAAGCUGAAGUGGGACUAGAGUUGUUCCUGAUUCCUGAUUGCCCUUUUUAGGAUCACAUUGUAGUUUAAAGAAAUUAAAUGCACAGCAUAACAGAAUCCAUGAUUUCCUCCUAGUAUUAUCACUUAUUUAUACAAUAAACACUUAAUCUCCUGUAAACUUUAAAAACAAAGAGAGGAGUCCAUGUUGGAUUUUUUGCACGUUGACCAGUGGAGAUUUAUUAACCAGUAACUUUUGUAAAGUCCACCUGAUUGUUGUUUGCGUGCAACGGAAAAAUUAAAUUUUAAUCUGUGCAUGCUUACUGCUAAAGGAAGCAAAAAUAAAAACACAUGGAUUUGAAAUUUUGACUAAUUAAAAUGGGCAUUUGUAUUCAGCAUUAUCUAAAACCACCAGAUUGGAAACUGUCCUCAUAAGUCAUCUAAUUAGUAGAGGUCACAUGUAUUUAAUAUAGUGUAUAUAAAUCCAGAUGUUCCGUGAAGGUUUCAGAGUUUUCUUAGAGAACAUUAUGAACAAACCAGACAUGUCAGAAAUAAAGAUGUAAAGAGUUUAAAGCAGAGUUAGUUUAUAAAACAACAUCCCGGGAUUUGAACGUUUCACGCACACGAGAACAUAAUAUCACCCAACUGUAAACCUCCCAACACAUGGCCGACCACAUAGCUGCAUCAAGCAGCCAGCGUGCUUAUGGUAACUUUGAAGGAGCUGCAGAGAACCAUGGCUCAGGUGGGAGUAAAUGUCAAAAAGUGAGCUAUUACCUCAAUGGAAGGGAGGCGAGGCGUAAGAAAGCCUUUGGAAGAUGAUUAACACAAAGCGGCGUGUUUAUUGGUCACAUAAUAUCCCAAUAAUGAAAUAUGAAUGUUUUUUUGCAAGACACUUU